CGUCACACAAAGACGCUCACACGCCCCAGUGCACCGUGGAUUGUGUAGCAGUCCUCAUCUAAGGGUACCUGUCGGACUACCAAAUGGACACUUCUUUGCCCGCUCCCGCGCAGGGGGGAGUGAGAAGAUCCCGGAGCGACAACAGCGGUGCACGGUCGAGGCGGACGUGUGCAGCCGCCAGUCAAUCAUAUGCCAAGAUAGUUCGCGACUUCUGCGGGCUUCCUACUGGCGUUGGGCAGCGUCAUGAAAGACUCGCCCAUUUCCUCUCGCCGCUCUUGAACUUCAACACUGCUCAGUACCCGGACUUCCAACCCCGGGGGACAGCCUUCCUAGUCAGAUAUCGGUUUCAGUCGGUCACCGCGUCUCCAGAGAACAACCUACAAAGGUCCCAACCAUCCUCGCGUGCCGCGGUACCCAGCAUAGCCACCCCAGCGUGGGGACUUUCAGAUCCCAAGUUCUUCGACGACGAGGAAUCAUAUCUCCAGCAGGAAAUUCCAUCCGAGGCAGACUCACCAGGGUUGUUGCUCUUUCUCCGUGGGUAUCCGUCGCCAAACUGGGUUGGCACCAUAGGGGGUACGCACCUGGCGGACCCCGAGAUGUUCAGCCGCUGGUUCGAUUUCCGGUCCAUGGACAGCAGUGUGCACAGUUUUUCUCAGUCGUCGCUUCCUUCCCUGAGCUGGAACCUGAUAGAGCUUCCCAUCACCACCCUUGGAUCGUUGGACUCGAUGAUAUCUCUACCAACCCAGGACCACCUCGACGAUGCCCGCAGAGAGUGGGCUGCCGGCCUACGGUCUUACCACACCAAACUGGGCGUUCACGUCCCUGCCGUUGGAACCUCGCUAAUUCGAGGCAUCCAGCUCUUUGAUGAAUUUCACUACGCGGUGGAGCAGAGGAUCACCAUCUGCAUGCGGCCCGCCGAGGGGCGUAAGGGCUGGGUCGUUUUCAUUUGGGCAGAUGCGACCGCCGACCUUUUCGAAACUCUCCUCACUGGGCCCUGGUCAUCCGUCCGGGAUAGCUUCAAACCGAAGAAGAAGUUCUUUCAUCCCAUAUUCCGAUAUAGACCCAACGACGGUCUGCUAGCACACUCCAUGUCCCGCAAUGAGCCGGAGAACAACAACGAAGCGCCUCCGAGUGCUUCGCAGCUCCACACCGGCUACGGCCGCUCCCUGCGGACAGAGUCGAUGGCCCAGGACCCUUUCUACGCCCUCAACGAGGUAUUCACCCUGGCCGCAGCGUCGCAGAAGCAGCUCCUGGACCUGGCCGAGCACAAACUAGACCAGUACAACGCGCAGCUCGACGAGAAGGACUCGGAUCCGCUGCCCAACCUGAGGUACAUGAAGCAGGUCCUCCUCCAGCACACCCGCAAGAUCCGGGCCGCCCGCAACGCCAUCCAGAGCGCCAAGCCGCCGAAGUGGCCCAAGGCGGCGGGCGAGGUCAGCCGGCGGACCCGGAGCCUGGUCGAGCGGGAUUUUGCCCACCUCGAAGGGCACGCGCAGGCGCUCAACACGCGGUGCCAGGAGAUCAUCACGAACCUCAUGAACGGCAUGUCCAUCAUGGAGUCGAAAAAGGUUCUGCACCAGGCGGCGCGUGUCGAGAAGUUGACGUUCCUGGCUCUGAUCUUUGUCCCGCUGUCCUUCACCACUUCGUUCUUCGGCAUGAACGUGCAGGGCCUCGACGGCGUCCCCAUGUGGUCGUGGUUUGCGGCGACGGUGCCGCUCAUGGCUCUGACGCUGUUCGUCUUCUUUUACGACGUGGUUGGGUUCUGGAACCGCUGCACUGCUAGAGUGCGUGGGUGGGUUCAGCGCCUGCUCAUGAACUGAGUCAUGAAGCCAUGUUUAGGUUAAGCUACUUUGCCUUAAAUAGUUAGAUAUUGCAGCAUGGGUGGCCGAGGAAACGGAUUGGGACCGUUUGGGACCGUUUGGAAUACACACGAAGCUCAUUAUUUUCUGUCCCUUCGUGGCAAAUUUAUCUUCUACGCUUUUUUUGUUUAUUUCUCUUUCUUCUCAGUCGGAAGGCUUUUGACUCAUUGGGACAGGUGGUGUCCUGUGGAGGGACCGAGG